AUGAAGACGGAAUUCAAGUUUUCCAACCUCUUGGGUACUGUUUAUCGUCAAGGCAAUCUUGUCUUUACUCCAGAUGGCAACUCUCUGCUCUCGCCAGUUGGCAACCGCGUGACUGUCUUUAAUCUAACAAAAAACACCAGUUAUACUUUCCCUUUCGCCCACCGGAAGAACAUCACCCACCUUGACCUUUCCCCGGAUGGGAACCUUCUCCUCACAAUCGACGAGGAUGGCCGGGCAAUACUGUCUAUUUUCUCUAGAAGAGUUGCAAUCUAUCAUUUCUCCUUUAAAUCGUCGGUAACAUCUCUGGCAUUCUCUCCAGACGGUCGUCAUUUCGUCGUGGGACUGGGAAGAAAGAUUCAAGCGUGGUGGACACCUUCCACGCCCGGCCGCAAUGCAGAUGGGGACCUCGAAUUCGCCCCGUUCAUUCUGCAUCGGGAGUACGGUGGUCAUUUUGACGAAGUCAGACAUCUAAGCUGGUCGGGUGAUUCGCGCUUCUUCCUCAGUGCAUCUAAGGACCUUACCGCACGAAUAUGGAGUCUCGACCCAGAAGAGGGUUUCGAACCGACCGUGCUCUCUGGCCAUAGACAGCAGGUCAAGGGCGUCUGGUUCUCCGCCGACCAAGAGUCUAUUUUCACAGUGAGCGAAGAUGGAGCUCUCUUCCGCUGGGAGUAUGUGUCCAGUCAACAAGCCGAAAACGACGAGUCGACAGAGGCGGCUGAUGAGAGGUGGCGCAUUGUAAAAAGGGACUAUUUCAUGCAAAACGCAAAGCUAAAGUGUGCUUCCUACCAUCCCUCGACGAAUUUACUCACUGCCUGCUUCGGCAAUGGCCUGUUUACGUUGUAUGAGACGCCGUCCUUUUCAAACAUCCAUAGCCUGUCAAUGGCAUCCUCCCCCAUCUCGGCAGUAGCCACCAACAGCACGGGAGAAUGGCUGGCCUUCGGCUCGUCCAAGACCGGUCAAUUACUUGUCUGGGAGUAUGCUUCCGAGUCAAACAUUCUCAAACAGUCUUCACAUCUUGACGCGAUGACAACUUUGACUUAUUCUCCAGACUCCAGCCGCAUCAUUACCGGGGCCGAUGAUGGACUGAUCAAGGUUUGGGACGUUUCGUCUGGCUUCCACAUAGCAACUUUCUCGGAACACAACUCUGCUGUCACGGCCUCUGCGUACUCUAAAAGAGGCAACAUCCUCUUUACUUCAUCCCUGGAUGGAUCAGUCCGUGCCUGGGAUAUGUUGAGGUAUCGAAAUUUUAGAACUUUCACCGCGCCUCAAAGGCUCUCCUUCUCUUGCUUAGCGAUUGACCCUUUUGCGGAAGUCGUCUGCGCCGCAUCACACGACUCUUUCGACAUUUAUCUAUGGUCCGUCCAAACAGGAGCUCUUCUGGACCGCCUGGCAGGCCACGAGGGACCAAUCUCUACUCUUGCAUUUACUCCUGACGGGCGAUAUCUCGUCUCGGGAUCUUGGGACCACACCAUACGAGUAUGGUCUGUGUUUGAUCGCUCACAGACGUCAGAAGCGUUGCAGCUCAUGUCGGACUUGCUUUGUAUUGCAGUUCGGCCUGAUUCUGCGCAAAUUGCAGCCUCGACACUUGAUGGACAACUCACCUUUUGGAAUGUGAACACUUCGGUGCAAGAGUCUGGUUUCGAUGGUCGUCGAGACGUCAGUGGAGGUCGAACGUUGACCUCUCGACGUACAGCAGCUUCAACGCCAGGAACUAAAUCAUUCAACUCGAUUGAGUAUUCCGCGGACGGCAGUUGCCUUCUUGCAGGAGGCAACAGCAAAUACAUCUGCUUGUACUCGGUCAGCACACUGACGCUGAUCAAGAAAUUUACAAUUUCUAUCAACCUGAGUUUAGAUGGGACACAGGAGUUCUUGAACUCUGCCGCAAUUAUGUCCAAUGGUCUUCCCAGAGACAUGCUUGAUACAGAAGGUGAAGCAAGCGAUCUUGAAGACCGGAUCGACCGUAGCCUUCCGGGCGUCAAGCGCGGCAGAGAUGCUACAGCAAGGACUAUUCGUCCAGAAGUCAGGGUCACUGAUGUUGAGUUUGCGCCAAUGGGGAGAAGCUUCUGUGCAGCCAGUACCGAAGGCCUCUUGAUUUACAGCCUUGACAAUGUGGGAAUGGAGGACUUUGACCCAUUCGAUCUCGACAUCGAUGUUACUCCGCAAAAUGUUCGAGCUAUCCUUGCACAAGACGAACCCGAGUAUCUCAAGGCUCUUAUCAUGGCAUUCAGACUGAACGACAAAUCUUUGCUCCGACAAGCUUAUGAGUCGGUACCGUAUGGAUCCGUUUCGCUACUUGUGCGUGAACUACCUAGGGUGUAUCUUGGAAAACUGUUGAUACUGGUCGCCCAGCAAAUGGAAAGUAAUCCUCACUUGGAAUUUGCACUUCGUUGGUUAGGUGAGAUACUAAGUGUUCAUGGCCGAUACAUCAAGGAAAGACAUGGCGAAUUCGCGGCUGAACUUCGCUCAAUCCUUCGCGGAGUCGACGGUGUAGGGAGAACAGUGCGCAGUCUCAGCGAGCGAAAUGUGUUUGAGAUUGAUUUCCUGUGCCAACAACCUAAAGGCAACCAGAAGUUGCCGCCGGAACUGUUGGAACAAGAUGCCCACCCCAAAUGCAGAGAUGAUCAACGCUGA